AGUACAAGGCAAUAUUGGUCAGAAAACAUUUUGAUUGUUUAUUUCUAUGAAAAUGUAUGUGAAGAAUUUCUUAAAGACAUUGUACUUUAAUUUAUGCUUAAAGGAAUUGUUUAGCCUUGCACUAAAUCUAACAGGGGACGGAUAUUGUAAUGAUAAUACAGGGGGCAUGAGAUGUUGCGCGGAUUACAGAAAUAUUUCAGGAAGAUGUGAACCAUGUCUAGGAUCAUAUGGAUUGCACUGUAAUAGAAUUUGCCCGGAUGGAUAUUAUGGACAGGGAUGUAAAAGGAAAUGCAACUGUUUGCCAACUGAAUCAUGUCAUAAAAUACAUGGUUGUUCAGCCUGCAUAGGAUCUUUUGGAGAAAACUGCAGUGAACCCUGUCCUUUUGGAUUCUUCGGCAUUGCUUGUCUUGAAAAGUGUAACUGUAGCAGUGAUACGCACUGGUGUGACAAUAUUUCCGGUUGCAAGAAUAAAGAUACCGCCUGUAGAGGAUCGUUUGGAGAAAAAUGCAAUGAGCCCAGUUCUUUAGGAUUCUUCGACUUUAACUGCAGUGAAAAUUGUACCUGUAGUAAUGAUACGCAUUGGUGUGACAAUAUUUCUGGUUGCAAGAUUAAAGAUGGUGGUAUGCAUGUCACACAUGUUGAAGGGGAGGGUCAUUCUGGCAGGGACGGUGAUUCACAACCGGAAGGACGUAUACCAUCGGUGCGAUCUGGAAGGCUAAAUCAUGUCAACAAGGAGCUAAAAAUGAUCAACGGUGAAUCAUGAAAAACUGUUACUCCUCCAUGAUUUCAAUUACAAGACACAUACGGUCGAUGCAAUGGGAGCCCCGAUGACUACGAUUACUUAGAUUUUCUCCAACAUUACAUCCAACCGCCAGUGUCUAAUGUAAGGGGGGAUUAUAGCAAGUUGAUCCCAAAUAGACCAACUACUUACUUUACAUUCUCAAUUAAUGCUUUGCAAUAGUAUUUAUUAAAGAAACACUAAUUACAUGUAUAUUCAUUU